UUAAUUUUCAGAAAAUAAAAUUCACCCAGUCCAUUGGUCCCUCAGACAGCAGGACUGCUACUGGGGCAGUUACCGAGUCGGCUGACGGGCAGACACCCCCAUUACGUGUGGCGCCCUCCCUCUUUUGGGGUGCAGUACUACGAUGCCGCUGGGGUCACUCAAAUUCCCAGAACUGAGCCUCUACUUCAGUCAAUCCCCUUUGAAUGUUCCUAUCACAACAAUAUUCAAUAUCAAAAAUUUAACUGAAAAAUAACUACAUUUGUGCAGUCUAAGUAAAUGAAUAAUUACGAGAAGCUCCAGAGGAUUAUUUUUCUUUACCGAAUAGCAGAUGAUUUUUACAAUAAAAAUCACAAUUUUUUGUUGUAAACAUUACAAGUGUCAUGUGUCACCUGCUUAAAACCUUGUUUGUGUAUUUUAGUAGUUGUAAUAAUCGAUAGGACAAGUUUCGAAACAGUAAUUGUGACUCAGGGAAUAAUAAAACAGCUUUGACAGUUUAAAUGUUUCGAGAAUCAGCGAAAAUUGUUGUCGACGAUGGACAGGCACCAUCGGCUCCAUUUGUUAUUAAUGUUUGGAUGGAGGACUUCCUGGAGAAGCUGAAAGUCCUGAAUUACGACAACAAAUUCGUCCAGGAGUUGAAGAUGAAACCGAUUAAUAGGCAUUAUUUUGUCGUCCCAACGAAUCCUGGCGAGCAGUUCUACAUGUUCACAACAUUGGCAGCCUGGCUAAUAAGAAAAUCUGGGAAUAAUUUCGAAUAUCCACAAGAGUCCGACGAUCCCAAUUCGACAAUUGCUCUCAUUCUGAAUCACCUGAAGGGGACAGGUGUUCCUGUUGAGUUUCCUCCUAAUAAAUUGAAGCAGGGAGUGGGGGAACAUGCGAUCUACGUGCUGGAUCAUCUGGCUGAUCAGGCAAUCAAAGUGUCUGGUUUUAAAUGGAAGAAGACUGAGAUUCCACAGGAUGAUCCCAACCAGGAACCGGAGAUUGAAGAGGACGAGGCUGAACUCAUCCUGGAAAAAGUUGAAGAGGAGAUGAUGGCGGAAUAUGACGAGGAAGAUGAUGAUGUCCUCCAUAUCGAUGAUAUCACCAAACUUUAUGGAGCAGCUAUGGACGACGUCCAAAAGCCUGAGAAUAUUCUCGAGUCUCAGACUGACACUGAGGAGUGGAAAAUAGAGCUGGAACGAGUUCUUCCUCAAUUGAAAGUCACGAUAAAAACAGAUUCUCGGGACUGGCGUGCUCAUCUGGAGCAAAUGAAGCAUCUGAGGGCCAACAUAUCGACAGGACUCAAUGGCACUAAAAGUCAACUUGAUAAAUUACAAUCAGAUAUUGGAAAUACUUUGGAGAAGAUCAGAAUGAGAGAGAUGUACCUGAAUAGGCAGCUGGAGCCUACCCUCAACGAAUUUCGAAUACUCCAGGAGGAACUGUCGAAGGUCAAGGAGCAUUACAGAGAUGUCAGUGGAGGAGUCACCGAACGUACUCGAACAUUGAGUAAACUUACUGAGGAAUUGGAACAAGUGAAGAAAGAAAUGGAUGAACGAGGAUCCAGCAUGACUGAUGGUACACCACUGGUGAAUAUAAAAAAAAGCAUCACUAAGAUGAAAACUGAAAUUUCUGAAAUGAGUGUUAGAAUUGGAGUUUUGGAGUACAGUUUAAUGUGCACGAGAGUUCAAGAUAGAACGCAAUUGCAGGAAGACAUGAAUAACACUAACUCGAGUUCAAUAAUCAAAUAAAUGAAAGGGGAAUUUUUAGAAUGGAAAAUCCGUCCACAGUGUGAUAACUUCAGAAUAAAUUUGAAAUUAAUCGAAAAAGAUUUGAUAGACAGUUAUUAUUUCCGUUUCAUUAAAAUAUCUCUUUGAAUUACAAGAAAAAUGUGGAAAAAUGCAAAAAAGCCCUGAGGUAUUCAAUACUGAAAUAAUUAAUUAUAAGAACUAAUUAAAUGGCUGGAAUAAAUUUU